AUGUUCUUCUUUCAAUCGUGUAAUCGACCGAUCCCUAGCUCCAUCACAUCACAUCUCGUAUGUGUAGUGAUGGCUUUGGAUGGGAACGAGCGACGUUUCAUCGUCGACGAGACACUUCGUCUCCGAUCACCACCGGACGUCCCUGCAUCAUCAAACGUCGUCCUCCGUCCACAACGUCUCUACUGUCCACGAGGCCUGCUGUUCAAACUCUCUAUACUCGAGAAAAAGUUCGUCACAGUUCUGAUGUCUAUUUACAUUUUCUUCUGGUUUCAAGGGAUUCGCCAGUUUCCUGGGUUUGAUAGAUGA